AUGGACCCACCGCCAGGCGCGCCCACGUCACCCUAUUUCGCAGUAGCCAAGUCCGAAAGCGCCGGGAGAGGCGUCUUCGCGACGUGCGACAUACCGGCAGGCACACACGUCUUCACAGCCAACGAUCUGACCGCCCACGUCAUCCAGCGCGAGUACCGACGCGAGGUAUGUGCGCUCUGCUUCGCGUACGACCGGGGCAAGAACCUGAAGCAGCGGGACGCACUCCGUGGCUUCGCCUUCUGCACGCCUGCGUGCGAGCAGGCGUGGAAGAGCCAGGACGGGGUGACGCUGCGGGCUUGGGCGGCCGUGGAGCGGCUUGUCAGGGCGAGGUCGAGGGAGGAUGCUGAGCUGGUGGAUGCGGAUGCGGCGAGGCCGGGCGGCGCGGAGAUCAAGGCUGCCUGGCAUGGAGUGAGGAAUCAAGCUCUGCUCGUCCGGGAGGCGCGAACGGGCAUGUCGACGAAGAUGCACCGGAAGGCUGUCCAGCAAGCUAUCUCGAAUCCUGUGUCGGCGGAUACGCUGCCGCUUCAGCUGUCGGCCGUCUUGCACCGGUAUAGGUCGUCGGCGGUGUGGUCGGCGGUCCUCGCGCUUGCGUCCAACGCGCGACCGUACAAUUCCACCGAGGAGCUGAGGAGCCAUGUCAAUUCCUAUCUGCAUCUGCUCGCCGUCCUGCCGGAGGAACUACUCGAGGUGACGACGGCGGAGACGGUCCUGACGGUCCUGACGCGCGACUCGCACAACAGCUUCGGCAUCCGCUCGCUCGAGGACGACGGCGCCGAGUUCUUCGGAUACGGAGUGUGGCCGUCGGCAAGCUACUUCAACCAUAGCUGUGCGCCGAACGUGCUGAAGCAGCGGGUUGGCAGCACGUGGGUCUUUACGACGGAGCGGGACGUCGAGGCUGGAAGCGAGCUGUGCAUUACUUAUCUCAGUGGGGAGGAGCGGGCGUUGAGCCGGAAUGGGCGGAUGACGCGGUUGAAGAAGGCGUGGGGAUUCGAGUGUGCGUGCGAGAGGUGUGCUGAUAUCUGA